AUGAGGAGCGGCCGCGGCGCCUACCGAUGCCUCGCCGCCGAGCCCGCUGCCUGCGCCAUGAACCCCGAGCUGGCGCUGGAGCCGCUGGGCAGCCUGCAUGAGCCCGAGCUGCUGGGCAGCCCCGGCCCGCACCACGGCGGCCGAGGCGGGGGAACGCUGCGGGUGCCGCCGCCCCAGGAGCUGCCCGGCGGCGGCGGCGGAGGCGGCGGGGGAGGGCGGGCGGCCAUGGUGCCGGGCAUGGCCCCGCUGCUGGACGGCGCCGAGUUCCGGCCCGAGCUGUCGGUGCCGCUGCACCACGCUAUGAGCGUGCCCUGCGAGCCCUCGCCGCCCGGCAUGGGCAUGAGCGGCACCUACACCACGCUGACGCCGCUGCAGCCGCUGCCGCCCAUCUCCGCCGUGUCCGACAAGUUCCACCACCCGCACCCCCACCCGCACCACCACCACCACCACCACCACCAGCGCCUGGCGGGCAACGUCGGCGGCGGCUUCGCGCUGAUGCGGGACGAGCGCGGGCUGCCCGCCGUCAACAACCUCUACGGGCCGUACAAGGAGGUGCCGGCCGUGGGGCAGAGCCUGUCCCCGCUGGGCGCGGGGCUGGCCCCCCUGCACGGCGCUCAGCAGGGCCUGCACGGCUACGGGCCGCCCCCGCCCCCGGGCCACGACAAGAUGCUGGGGGCCGGCUUCGAGGCCGUGCCGCACCUGCCGCGGGGGCUGCCGGCGGCCCCGGCCCCGCUGCCGCACCUCAACGGGCAGCACCCCCCUGCCCCGCCGCCACACGCGCUGCCCACCGCCCGCGACCGCCCGGCCGCCGCCGCCCCCGCGCAGCAGCUGGAGGAGAUCAACACGAAGGAGGUGGCCCAGAGGAUCACGGCGGAGCUGAAGCGCUACAGCAUCCCCCAGGCCAUCUUCGCCCAGCGGGUGCUGUGCCGCUCUCAGGGCACCCUCUCGGACUUGCUACGGAACCCUAAGCCUUGGAGUAAACUGAAAUCCGGCAGGGAGACCUUCCGGAGGAUGUGGAAGUGGCUGCAGGAGCCGGAGUUCCAGAGGAUGUCAGCCUUAAGGCUCGCAGCAUGCAAACGUAAAGAGCAGGAACCGAACAAAGAAAGGAACAACUCCCAGAAGAAAUCCCGGCUGGUUUUCACUGACCUCCAGCGCCGAACGCUUUUUGCCAUCUUCAAGGAGAACAAGCGCCCGUCCAAAGAAAUGCAGAUCACCAUCUCCCAGCAGCUGGGCCUGGAGCUCACCACCGUCAGUAACUUCUUCAUGAACGCCCGGCGGCGCAGCCUGGAGAAGUGGCAGGAUGACCUGAGCACUGGGGGCUCCUCCUCAGCCCCCAGCACCUGUACCAAAGCAUGACCGCGCGAGCCGCCAAGCGGCGCGGGCGCGGUGGGGCCCUUCACUGGUGACUUGAAAGCACAAUCCUCCUGGAUCGUCCUGGCCUGGCUGCAAGGAGAGGACGCUGUACGGCUUUUAGUCAGUUGAGAAGGCGCAAGCGAAGAAGUAACCUCUUUUUCUGUAACACUACGCUCAGGACAGGCGAAGCAGGUCUGAAGGAAGAGCCGUUGGUGAGGCGAGUUCCGCGCUGACACCGAGAUGCACAAGGCUGACACCGAGAUGCCAAGGAGGCCGAGAACCUGUUUUCGAAUCUCAGGCAUGGUUUUGUUGAGUGUUCUAGGGGAACAGAAGAUCAAAUUUAUGUUUUCCUUUCUUUCUUUCUUUCUUUCUUUUUUUUUUUUUUAAAUUUAUUUUUUAUUUCUUUUGUUCAAUCAGUGAGUAUAGCUUGAUCUUGGACCAGAAAAAAUCAGUUCACUUGAGCUCAAAGUGUCAAGCACAAAGACAAUAGCUAUAGAAAUAGGUAUGAUUCUGGACUCACUACAGCCGUUAUUUUGAGAGGCAUUCGAAUUUACAAAGUUGAUAGUGAAAAAGUACAUGACUACACAAGUCUCAAGCACAGUUUGCAGUUUGUCACAAAUUCUGUGUUUGUACAUGACACAGAUGCACACUCAGGAGGUCAAUUUAACUGCUACAGUACAUGCAAAUACAAAUUUUUGAAAGAUCCAGGUUUUUUUAGGUCAUUAAGAAGUCCUUUUCAGUUACCAGGAAUCUAUUUUCUCCUUUGUAGUCUCACCGUUACUGAAACAUAUUUAGCACAUGACGUUUUUUUGUUCUUUAUUUUUUUUUUUUUCCUUCAAAAUCCUUAUGGAAAUUUUAUGGUACUUUCAAGCAGGAAAAAACAACAAACCCACAAACAAGCCCUUCAGAUGUCAUUGACCAUUUUUAGAUGUGCCGUAUACAACUUAAAAAUGCCAUCGAAACCCAUCACACUUUAAGUUCUUUUUGUCCACCAUUUCAUCAAACCUGACGAGAAUGCAGCACACCAAAGAGACAGGAUUACUGCAAGCCAAAGAUAUUUGUAACUCGCCUUUUUCUUUUCGCCAUCGUUAGCGUGGUCGUUGUUUUUGAGAUCAGAAAGCCUCACAAACACCGAACAGUUUGUAAAUCUCUCACGGUCAUUUGCUGCACCAGAAAGCAAACGCUGACCAAAACAUGUGCGCAAAGUCCCGAGCGGCGCGGCCACUCCGUGUGCGUCCUUACCAGUGAAUGGCCCCUGUGAAAGCAAGCCAAACGCUGUAAUGCUUCGUUAGAGACACUUGAGACUUUUUUUAUGUACUACUUAAUCGAAACCAAAGAAGCGUUUUCUGCACCUACUUCUUCUGCAACAAAC